AUUAAAGAUAAUAAAACCUGCAUAGACGCCUCGCUGACAACAAGGUCUAUUGCUCAAUAGAGCUGCCACCACUGGAAAAUGCCAUGAAAAGAAAGAUAACAGAUAGCAGUUCUGUUUUUCUCUGUCGUCGACUUCUUCCACAAAUUGUUUAUUACACGUUGCAGGAUGCUCUGUACAGUUGCGCCACGUGUUGUACGAUGCCGGUUAAAAAGUGUGUGUGAAGUGCAAGAGGUCAUACACCAGAGAACAGUGCUUUGGACUCAUUCCAUGAGUGCAGUGGAAAUGUAUAUUCAAUAUAAGUUGCGGGACAAACAACUCAUUACAAUCUGUUUUUUUCGAAAAUAUGUUUGACUGCUUGGUUGUUUAGUCCACACGUUAACGAUUAUUGUAAGCAAGUAAUAAAUACGUGAAUGCAUUUUUAUUUAUAUUUGACCUUUUAUUUACAAUGACCAACAAGGCAGCAACAGGAUGCAAUUCGUUGACAAACAAAUAAAACGUAGAAAAAUCUCAAUCAAUCGCAUACAAAAAUUACAACACCAUACAUUCAAGAAUGAUUGGCAGGAAACAAUGGAAUAGUUUAUCUUUGGGGGCAGGAAAAGGAGGCGGAAAAUUCCAUCGUGAACACUGCGUCCACAAACAGCCUUUGUUAUUGACCUUGUCCCCGACGCGACGGUGUAGUAUACGUGUUGACCACUAGAGGCCAAUAGAGUUCAGGUGGGGACUUAAGGGGAAUUGUACCGGGAAGAGGGUGGAAAAGUUCCUCUGUGGAGGACCUUUGUAUUUGUGCGUAAGGUGCAGGACAUUCCGUUAUAGCAUGUUGCAUUUAGUAACAAACAACAAUAAAGUGAUGCGAACAAGAUGUUAUUGUUGUCAUUACCGUGUAGUAAUAAAGGAAAAUGUGCUUUUUUAAGUGUAAAAUGUUAUAUUAGGCAAAUCAAGAACUAUUAAAUACCUAGCUACUUCCUUUUUUGUAAAUAACAUUCACUAAAAACGUUAAGUUGCUUGAUUUAAUAGUUUUUAUUUAGUAGCAACACGAGUGACUUGUUUCUGCAGAACUACUGUGAUUCCAUUAGUUGAGACGGAGGUUAUAAGGACAGUUGUUGCAGUGAUUACCGACCUCGGUCUGUGGGUUAACUGCAAAUGCCAGUGGGGCAGAAAUAAAGUUCAGAAACAGGACACAUGCUGCAUUCAAUUGCUCAUCUAAAAGUCGUUUAUUUUCGGGUAUUCCGUUUGUUUAAUAAUAGAAGCUUUAAUGCAACCUAAACUGCAUUGUUUUUCUUGCAUUCGUUUUGUUUUAUAUAUAAACUGGUUUAAAGGGGGGUUUAACAAUUGUUUCCAAUGACAGUAAAGAUGUCAAUGCAUUUUAAUGAAACAAUAACACCAAGUUGUUUUUUCUCUGAUUGGUUGUUGAUGAGAUAUACGUAUGCCUAUACUAUUCAUACUCUAACAAUCAAACAUAUAGAAACAAAGUUCAAUACAAAGUUGUCAUACUAUCAGAUAAGCAUGUAUACGUCAAUGGAGCCCAUCUUUGUACUAUAUAGUAAGGACUUUUAUAUUCAGAAUUUGCUAUAUAUGUUUGAACAGUUGUGGAAGGUUUUAAAAGUCAAACGUUUUGUUCACAAGGCAGCAAAACACUACAAAUUUGUAUUGUGCAAAAAGUUGACGUGGGACGUAUCAGUGCUCCCAAAUCCAUGUUUUCCCCUAUGGCCUGAAAGGCCCCCCUAAACCCCGACCCGCCAACUAAUUUGACUAAAUUAUGCCCGCGUCAAAUGACGUCACGAGGCAAACCAUUCAAAUAGCAGCCGGUGGCCGAAAUAGCAUCAGACAGUCGCCUGUUUAAACCGGCGAAGCUCCCUCCCCAUCCCGACACAGCACCGCGCUCAGAACACUGCAGCGCGCGCGUGCAUCGCUACGACCGACCGAACUCACUCCGGAUAUACACUUAGAGGACCAACCCCGCCGCAAUCAUGGCGAGAAGCGUGAUCCAAACGAGUCUGGUACUCAACAUGAGCACGGAGAUGUUCGUCAAAACACCCAUGGAGUUGGCCGUCUACCAGUUACAUAACUUCUCCAUCUCCUUCUUCUCCUCGUUUCUCGGAGGAGAUGUUGUGUCGGUCAAACUUGACAACAGUGCCUCUGGUGCUAGCGUUGUGGCCAUCGACAACAAGAUUGAACAGGCGAUGGAUCUUGUCAAGAACCACCUGAUGUACGCGGUGCGUGAGGAGGUGGAGGUCCUCAAAGAGCAGAUCAAAGAGCUGGCGGAGAAGAACAACCAGCUGGAAAGGGAGAACUCCCUGCUGAAGAACCUGGCCAGUCCCGAGCAGCUGGAGAAGUUCCAGUCUCACAUCCCGACAGACGUGCUGUCGACUCUGGACAAUCUGAUCGCCCAGGUGACCCCAGACCAGCACCAGCCCUGCAUCCACAGCUCUGGCUCUGCUGUAUAAGUGACUCUGCCUUGGGCCAAGCAGAGCCACUGUCUCUUUACAGUAAUGGACCUCCAUUUGAACGUAAGCGUUACAAAGUCGCCUCUGCCGAGAACCCCUUCGUAACCGCGAAGGUGAAGCAUCGGGGCUGUAAAUGACCGAUUAGACACACGAGGACUGUUGACACCGAUGAGCACAAAAUAGAACUUAAGCCGCGCUGACCGGUGCGGCGUCAGGCUGAUACCAUCCGAUGCUCCGGGAUCGUCUCUCUGUGUAGACAAAAGCGCUGAGGAUAGAAAGAGGGCUGACUAGGCACCGACAAGCGCUUGCUUUCAGACGGCAAGGGGCGGCGGGCUUUCCCUGCCUUGCCGAACCCUUCCAACGAACCCCAUUUGCUCGAAAGAGAAGAGGGAGAGAGAGGGGCGAGCAAGGAGGUGUUGAUCGGGCUGGCCCUGCAGGUGCUAACUUGGAAAGUGUUGGACGUUGCUCACCCGGAGGAGACCCAUCUGAGGCGGUCCUCCACAUCUCAAACGAGAGUCAUGUGGAUACGUCUGCUGUCGUAAUCCAAGUUUGAAGGAAUCCCCCCACACCCCCAGCCAGACAUGUCAGCCACAUAGCGACAGCUUUUCCUGUGCCUCCAAUGUAUUGCUCAUGUGUUCAUGUACAUCUUGGCAUAACAAGAAUGAUCAUCAGGAUAAGCUAAGGCAACAGAGGUGGAGGUUAAUGCAGUACAGCCGAUUAGCGCUGAUGCACCGCAGCAGUGUGCUGACCAGUGUACUGACCAAUGUGCUGACCAGUGUGCUGUAAUGAUUCAUAACAUGUAAUCUUGCAUUGCCAACAGUUGGGGCUUGCUUUUUAUGGGGGGAAUUAAUCCAGCUGUAUCUCGGGGUUUUGUUUGUGAUUCUGAACAAAAAUCUGUUUGUAAAAAAUGAAUAAAAUUGGAGCAAUGUACAGUUGUCUUAAAAUAUUGUUUUGUAAUCUUGGGCAACUACUAUGUACCUGAGGUGAACGUAGUACAGCUGGCGAGUAGAAGCCAGCAUUUGUUGCUGCAGAUGCACUCCUGAUUUGAGCAACUUUGCCCAGUAUCUGGUCUGUUACUUGCUUAGAUGUCAACUGGAAAACGAUGGCAUGACAACAUUGCCUGUACUUAGUAAGAGAGAAACACAUUUCAACACUGAGCUCUGUUUUUUAGCUGCCAAAGACUUUUUUGUUUCUUCUCACAACUGAAGCCGAGCAAACCAGGACCAUGUGUACACAACUUCACAGGGAGAAGACUUGUUUGUAGCUAGUGUGUAUGUGUUUUUGUAAAGAUAAUGGUAUUGUUGCUGUAAAGUAUCCUCAAAAAAGUUGUUCACUAUGGUGUUCGGAUACAACUGCACAUUUGCAAUAAACCUUAUGUUUACAUAAUACAA